CAACCCUCAACCUAGCGGAGUUUGUUUACCGACGGAACUCGUUGAGCGUAUAAUCCACCACUGCGAUAGAGAAACACUUCAGACUUGGAGCUUGGUCUGCACGUCGACGCUUCACCUCCCCCGCUCGCACCUUUUCUGGAGGCUCCGCGUUUACGGGCACGAACGCUUACAGCAGCUUCUCGCGCUGUCGGACGGCGGGAGGGGGAUAGGUUACCAUGUCCGGAUGCUCAUGCUUCAAAGCUUGGAUCACACAUCAUCCCGGAUGGUUGACUCAUCUACGGGGCCGUGGGUCAUUGAACAACUACCGACGAUCCUGCGUAUUAUGCCUCAGCUCACGACUCUCGUCCUGGCCGGAUUCCACGCUCACCAAUUGCGCGCUGUUCCGGAGUCUUUGCUCGAAUCCCUUCGACUUCAUACGAGCUUACGACACGUUGCGCUCUGCAAUUUUGACUGCCGUGUUAUCGAAUGCUACCACGCCGUCUUGGCAUCGUUUCCUCGGCUCUCGCGGCUGUCGAUCGAGAACGUUAUCGGACGCGUGGAUGACAUUUCUCUCAUACGCCCUUCUCUCCGCAUCAAACGAUUAACCCUCGGCCGACACGGCCCCGGCGCUGGCCGGCCCGUAUACGACUGGCUCGAGAAUGCCCUGGCGCCAGAUUGCCUCGAAGAUGUCUCGUUUGCAUUCAGCGCACACGUGGAGCAAGCGGAUCUUCCCUUCAUCUCCAGGUUGGCCACCAACCAUUCAAAGAGCCUCCGUCAUCUCAACGUCGAGUUCCUACACGACACGGACUUCCGAAGAUUUUCCUCCGUUGUACGCCAGCUGCCGCUCCUUCGAACGCUUCAGAUCGACAUCAGAGUCGUAUGGCCCUCCAGAGCGCCCACGUGGCCGGAUUACAUCCUCCAUAUAGUGGACGACGCCCGCGUUCCCAACCUAAGUCUUCAAGUGACGGCCAAGCUAACGCGGCGCGGGGCCCUCGAGGAGACUCUACGUGCGGCCGCGGAUGUUUACUCACGGCUAGGCAGAAGUUCCGCGGCGGUGCGCCUGACUUGCACCAAGCAUUGCUUAGGAACAAAAACGCCGGAAGACUUGAUGCGGGAUGCCGGACUUCGCUGCGUUGGUGUUGAUAGUGUGCACAGUGAUCCAAAGACCUUACUCGCUGCAGUUCCCGCGAGAGCGGGAUCUCUUUUCGUUAUACCUGGCCAGGAUCACGUUUUUCAGGUACAUACUGCUCCUCUGAUUGAGGACUGGGUCAUCUCUCAAGACUCAGAUAUUUCGCAUUACAUUGAACUUUUCUGUAUAGCUAACUCAUCGUCGUAAGUAGACGCUGAAACGAUCUCGAGGAUGCC